AUGGAGGUACUACCCAAAAAAGGAAAGAAGGCGUGUACUAUGUGCCGCCAGCAAAAGGCCAGAUGUGAUGUCUGGCGGGAUGAGAGUGUACCAUGUACCCGGUGCCGCAAACGCAAUCUCGAAUGCACCAUAGAUGAUAGCUUCACAAGAGAGCACAAGCGUCGCCGAUUUAUUGCAUUGGAACACGAGAAUGAGCAGUGGCGCCAACAACUACAGACCUCCCAGCGGUUGAGCUCCGAUUCCGUGCCGCUUGCGUUAUCCACAGCGGCAACGGAGCUGGGAUUACCGGCCAUCCUGAAGUCGGAUGCUCCAUUGGAUUCGCAGGAUUUGUCGCUGGCAUAUCCCCAAUAUCAUCUUGCACCAGCGGGCUCGACACCGGGCGCGAUGAUGGGAAGGAAUGAUCCCACAAAGCCCCGUUCAUUAAAAAGCGUUACCGUUACAGGUGGAGAGAUUGACGACCUGUACCAAUUAUUCUUCCGUCACUAUACCUCAUUUCUCCCAAUUCUCGAUGUUCAGACCAAGCCGAAUGUGUACUACACGCAGUCUCCAUUCCUGUUCUGGGCUGUCAUUGGCGUCGCCAGUAGGUCAUAUUCUCGAAAUCCAACUUUGCAGUCUGCGCUGGCCCAGGAGGUUACGGAAAUGGCAUUUCUGUCGGUCUUGUCGACGUGCGCGCCGUGGCACAUCAUACAGGGACUUCUGCUUCUGCUGACGUGGCCUUUUCCCAAGGAGAAUCGCCCAGAUGUGACAUUUCCUCUGAGCGGAAUGCUUUUGCAUGUAGCGAUGCAAAACGGUUUUCAUAUCCCGAUGUCGAGCCAUGAAUUUUCUCGAGUGAAGAUCCCCGCCUCGUCAGACUUGGAUAUGGUCCGACGCUCGGAGCUUUGGGCUCAUUGCGUCCUUGCUUACCAACGGUCUUGUGUCAUCAAAGGGCAGUCUCCGCGAAAUCUGGUUGGUUUAGCACAGGAUGCCAUCCAACGCCAAGUGCUAUUUGAUAAGAUUGCACCACAGUUGGUUCAGAAACUCAGAUGCCAGGAAAUCGUUGGGAAAUGCAGCGAUGCAGUUCUUGAAAAUGGAGUCCGUGCUAUUUCUCUGGAUCAGGAGCUGGCUUUAGACAUUUUGCUGCGGAAAUAUGAGGGAGAGGUAGACGAUAUUGCGUCGCGGGCAGUAGUCGAUGACGAGAGGUAUCACCUUCUCCUUUGCCGUAUGUCAAUCCAAAGCUUCCAUUUCUACAAAACUCAAACACUCGUCUCCAGUGGAUGUCUUCCACAUCUCAUCGUCACCGCUUGCAACUUGAUAGACUAUGUUCAAGCAUUGGCCGAUCGUAUAGGAUCUCUCUUCAUGGCGCCUGUUCAAAUCAGCUUCGGUCUACUCCUAGCUUCAAUGUCGCUGUUGCGGAUUCUUAAAAGCGAUUUUGCCUCCAGCGGACUCGAUACAAGCCGGGCCCAAGCCUCUUUCUUCGCCACCAUCAAUUUGGCCAAGCAAAUGUCUACCGACAGAAGCGAUACAGCUGCCAAAAUGGUCACAGUCUUGAAUCAGCUCUGGAAUAGUAACAAGGCGUUCCGCAAAGCCGAUGGCUCAGAAUACACCGCACUUCGAAUUCGUAGUCGCCUGAUUCUCAGUCAGAUUUUGGAUGCUGUCUGGUGGUGGCGUGAUGAAUAUGAUCCUAAUGCGCGCGCUAAAAUGCGAGGGGCGGAGCCAGUUGACGGUCCUUCCCGAACCAGCAUGCCUCUAGGCAUAGAGGCAGGGCGUGCUAUCAUGGGAACAGAUCCCGCCCGGGAGUCCGCUGGGGGAAUUCUUCAGAAUGCGGGUCCUCUGCAAGGAGAAUUCCAGACCGAAGAUUACUUUACCAACUUUGAGUGGCUGAGUGAUGAAAUUUUCUCAUUCCCUCCAGAUUCGUCGUUGGCGAAUAACCUACCAUGA